AUGGAUACAUCUGAUUCUCUGGAAGAUCGUCCAACCCACCCGACCGACCGUACUUCGUCUCAAGCAAGCAAUAACACCCCUGAAGGAAGCACACCUCAACAUCAAACUUCGAGUAGUAGCCUGGAUGAGGCUACAACGAAAGAAAUUACCUUGAAGAAAAUUUACGAUGGGCUCGAGAAAUAUUUCGGCAGCGAAGGAAACGUGGAUAUUGAACGUACCAGUCAUGGUGAUGUACAAUUAACAUUCAAACAUGACACAAAAUACUGGAUAAUUCGCUUCCCUGAAACCUUCCCAAAUCAACCUGCGCGACUUUCCUCGGCGCACAGUCCUGAACGUUUGUAAAAAAUGUCACCAUGUUCUGACUGUUCUGAUUAUUUUCUAGUGAAAGCUCUUACCAAUCAUGUCAAUGUGCUGCUGUCUAUCAAGAAAAAUUGCUAUGGUUCAUGUAAGAUUUGCAAAAAUAUCAGUAAAGAAAAUUUAGCCAAGCCUGGUGCUGCAGUGCCCCCAGACAACUCAAAGGUUACGGACGUUGUAAAUGAGUUAACAAAGGAUAUCAAAAUGACCCUCUCAACACCGUUAACGUUUGCUAGUCAAGCCCAAAAUGACGGGAGUAAUACUAAUAGAAUUGAAUAUCAGCAUCAUGCGACGUGGUCCAUAGAGAUCCCGGCCCAGUUUCCUGAUAAACCUGCAGAGGUAUACAAACAAGAAAGUAGCCAUCACGAUCCGGAGAAGAAGGCAUUAAAUGAUUUGUUAAAGAGCAAACAUGAACAGAAAUCAUUGGUUUCGUCAGAUCUCAUCAUGUUAGCCAUCAGAAGUAACUGUUACUGCUCAGAAUGUUAUAGAAUAUAG